AUGCAAUCUGAUCCUGCUUUUGAUUGGAAUUCUAAAUGCGAUAGAGCUAUUGGAUCAGGUGAUCAAACUGCAUUAACUCAACUCGAUAAGUUUGCAGAAGAUCAAGAAUGUCUUCAAAAAUCUAUUGCUAUUAUGCAUGGUAACCUCAGCCAGCGCGGCUGUGCGAUGCUUAUGACACAACUUAAGAAAUACAUAUGCAAAUAUUGGCAUUCUGAAGAAGAAAUUUGCCAACAAUUCAAAAACCUCAUUCUUCAAUUCAUGUUCAGUAAUUUAGAAAGAGACGAAGCUACAUUGAAUCAAAUGGCAUUAGUGGUUGUCGAAAUUGCUGUUUUUGAGUGGCCAGAAAAUUGGGAAGACUUUACACAAAUAAUUUCUCAACCAGAACAAGAUAUAUUGCCUAUGAUGCAAUCAUUAAAGAUAAUUUCGAUGUUAGCAGCAAAACUUAACGAGUGCAACGAAAAUGUUGGUGUUACUGGACCUAGACUCUCAAUUAUGAAUGCAGCUUUCUUAGAACAAGCAGAUUCCGUCUUAAGCCUUUUACUUGCGGCUUUAGGAAAGAAUUUCGAUAACAUGGAACAACUUAUACCUUUAUAUCAAGCAGCUCUUCAGACAUUAGAUGCGAUUUGCAGUCGUGUUGACUGUUCAUACAUUUUCAAAUCGAAUAUACUUGUUGAAAUUCUAAACAAAUCAAAGCAACCAGGACUCGAAUCAUUAUACCCUUCUGCAGUCAAAGUCAUUGCAGAAGUCAUCAGUACUGGAUACAUGGAUGAAGAUGAGACACCUCUGCUUAUCGGAAUCUUCCAAGAAAUCGCUACAUUCAUUAGCGAAAACUUUACAGAAGAAUUAUACAAUUUGCCAUGGAUAGAAGGUCUUCUUUGCAUCACUAUACCUCAUAUGUUCGAACAAUAUAGCGAGACUCUCGAAACUGCCGAUAAUCAGGAAUAUUUACGACCAGUCAUUCACGUUAUCGUUGGUCUGACACGAAUUAUCGCAGAAAAAGUUGCAGAAGGUGACGAUAGCAGUCGCGAAACUUUCGAAAAGUGCGUUGACUUUUGGUAUAAAACAACUCAACGAAUGAUGACUUAUUUGAGGUCAACAGCAGAAGAAACAGCAUACAUGGUAUACAGAGAUUUUAUUCCGGACCUUCUUGAAAUCUUUAUCCGAUACAUUGUUGAGCCAAUUCAAGUAAAUUUGAACGAUGACAACAGUUUAGAGCUCGAAAGCCAAAUGAAAUGGGGAGACUUAUACUCAAUGAUGAAACAGACAAUCGGAUACCUCGCAAGAAUGGAGCCACGUUUAACAAUUCAAAUUUUGAAUAUGAUUAUGGAAGCUCUCAGCCACGAUUUCGAUGUUACAUUAUAUCAGAAGUUAUGCUGGGCCGGAGGAGCUGUUGUACAAGUCCUUAACGAGCAAUCAGACAAAACUUUUGUAGAUAAUAUGUAUGUCCAAGUCGCACAAAUAUUUGAACCACUUAAAGACGUAAUCAGGAGUAAUGACUUCAAGGAAGAAGGCGAAGAAGCUAUUGCUAUCAUUCAAACUUGCUGUGCUUACGCUUUCUUAUGUUCUCAAGGCGAAAAAUUCUAUGUUUACGAUAAAGCUUUGCUAGAAACUGUUGUACAGAACUUAUUGGUCAUGUUCGAAGCAAGAUCUCCUAAGCUACAAAUGGUGGCCAUUGAAUGUUUCUCAAUCCUUUCAAAUUCAAAGAUAAAAAGCAGUUUCAUUGAAAAGUCAUCGGAGGGAAGUUCCCCGGCGGAAUAUUUAAUAAACGCCUGUCAAGAUUACAUUCCAGCCUUACCUCCAAGCAGUGCCGCUACACUUGUUAGUGUUAUAUCACAGAUGGCUAAGCACCUGUACUCAGAACAGACAGAUACAAUCACUCCAAUUCUUCAAGUUGUAUUACAGAUUUUACAAGAUGCGAUCAAAUCCCUUGAUUUGCAAAAUGACCAAUCAAUUAUCAAUCUCAUGAAUGCCUGCCAAAUAUCUUCAGCGGCAUCUUCCCUUGGAAGCAACUUUUUCAACUCAUUUAACCCAUUAGCUUCCGAAUUGUUCUCAAUUUACCAGGCAUCAUGCCAAUCCAUCCUCGAGAUCAUCCAGAUAUCAGGACAUUUAGAGACAGACCAAGAAGCACAGAGAAAAUGCCGAAUUUUCCAAUCCCUACAAAAAUCAACGAGCCAAAUCAUCUCCAGCAUACUUUGCUUGUCUCCAACAGGCGAAGCAGCUAACGAAACAGUCAUGCAGCCAUUCAUUGCCAUGUGCGAGUUCUACGAACAAUCAAACGACAUCGUGAAAUCCCCUUCAUUUUUCGAUGUCGCUUCUUCAAUCGCGAGGAAGUUCCCCCAGCAGUUUCUCUCAAUUUUUGAGACCUUUUACAAUUCUGUUUAUGGUCCAACGAUAAACAUGAUAUGUAAUGAUUAUACAUCUAAUUAUCACUUUAGAUUACCAUUGUUCAAGAUGAUGAGAACAAUAAUCAAUGCAUUACCUACAUUGUUCAUGAAUAUGCCAUUUAACCAAAGUUGUGGCCUGAUUGAUAACAUGAUAUCAAUUGGAUGCAAUCAUCCAACACACGAAGUAAGUGAAGUUGCACAUGACAUUGUUAGAGACAUGAUUUGUUUUGCGAGAACGAAAUAUUCGAAAGAAUUUAGUCAUGAAUUUUGGAUGAAUUAUUUGAGAGAGAAAUUCAUGGAAAUAAUAAGAAUUGCAACAGAUACAAUUCAUAUGUUUUGUAUCAAUAAACAGGCAAUGAUUAUUUCCGAAAUCUUCAAAUUUGAUGAAGCAAAACAAGACAUUGACUUUUUGUUUGAGCAAUUAUCAUCAAAUUUCACAUCAGUUCCACCUGAAAAUAUGAUGGAUAUUCUGCAAGGAUUUGUUAAUGAUAAAACUGUUGAUGCUUUGAAUGAUUUGUUGAUAUUGAUGAGACAUAUAUCAAGAAUCAAUGCAUUGACAGCAGAAGCAAGAAAGGAAAGACUGGAUAUGAUUAAGAAACAAGCAGAUCAAGCUUUGGAGAAUCAAAAUUAA